AUGUCGCGGUCAUCACAACGCCUCUUGGCGUCAAUACGAUCGCUGGCAUCCUCGUCAUCUUCGCCCGUGCAGAGAAGCGCACCAGCUGUGUCCGCGGCAAUCUAUUCGAGGACGUCCUUUCACUCCUCGGCUGCGUCCUCGGCCUCCAACCUUGCCAAGCCCGAAUUCUCUUGCGUAGACGCAAACGAGCGAAGAGGUCAGAAAUUGCAGCGGCUAGCAGAGCAGGCGAAAGCAACAUCGUGUUCGGCGGCCCGCAACGAGCCUCCAGUAGCGUUCCCAUGCGUAGACGCCAACGAGGCAAGAGAGGACCGCUUGCGCGCACAGCUCUCGUCGCCGCAGCUCUCAGAAGACCCUUCGACAUCGCAGAACGAAGUCGACGAAUCAGGUCCAGAACCGUCGUAUACCAAGGUGGUGAGCGGAUACCAGCUCUACCACCACUCGCAACCAUUCCGUCUGGACUAUGGAGGCGGACUACCCGAAUUCGAUCUGGCGUACGAAACCUGGGGCGAGCUCAAUGCCGACAAGAGCAAUGCCAUCUUGCUGCACACGGGUCUAUCGGCAUCAUCACAUGCAGCCAGCACACCUUCAAAUCCAGCAAAAGGAUGGUGGGAGGACUUCGUCGGGCCCAACAAGCCUCUCGACACAAAUCGCUUCUUUGUCAUUUGCACAAACGUCCUCGGUGGUUGCUACGGCUCGACAGGACCAUCGUCACCGCACCCUCUCGACCCUACCAAAGCAGCCUACGCAACGAGGUUCCCGAUUCUGAGCAUCUUCGACAUGGUCCGCGCUCAGUUCCUGCUUCUCGAUCAUCUCGGCAUCGGCAAGCUGUAUGCGAGCGUGGGAAGCUCCAUGGGCGGAAUGCAGUCCAUCGCAGCUGCGCAUCUCGAGCGUGAUCGUGUUGGCAAAGUUGUCUCCAUCAGCGGUUGCGCGCGUUCCGCUCCAGCCAGCAUCGCUCUCCGCUACGCACAACGAUCGGUCCUCAUGAGCGAUCCGAAUUGGAACCGCGGCUUCUACUACGAUCAAGGCUCCCUACCUCCGCACACGGGCAUGAAGCUAGCCCGGCAGAUCGCGACCUUCACCUACCGUUCCGGCCCGGAAUGGGAGCAGCGGUUUGGGCGAGCUCGCCGAGUGGCACCUUCAUCCGAGGGUAAGGAGGAGGAGGAACUCGACCCAGCUCUCUGCCCCGAUUUCCUCAUCGAAACGUACCUCGACCACCAGGGCGAAGCGUUCUGCCUCAAGUACGACGCCAACAGCCUCAUCUACAUCAGCAAGGCGAUGGAUCUGUUCGACAUGUCGGAUCAUGCGCUUGCCGAUCUGGAACGACGUCGAACGCGCGCCCAUGGUCCUUCGUCCACCCCACUUUCCGUCAGCAACACGCACGUCCCGGCGCCGAGACCGAGAAAGAGGCAACACAUCAGCACGCUCUCCUCGCCCGCAGCACACGCUUAUGUGCCGGCACUCGCGAGAGGCAUGGCCAGACUCUCGGAUAUUCCAACCUUGGUCAUCGGCGUCCAGAGCGAUAUCCUGUUCCCCGUGGAACAGCAGAGGGAGAUCGCAGAGUGUUUGCGGUUGAACGGGAACGAUGCGGUGCGAUACUACGAGCUGGAUGCGCCGCAUGGACACGAUAGUUUCCUCAUCGACGUGCCCAAUGUGGGUGGUGCGAUCCGGGGCUUCCUCGAGUGA